GAUGCGAGGAACCUGAAGGAAGCCAUGGCGGCGGUGAAAAGCUCCCGACCGUAGCUGUGGAAGGUGCCUUAAUGCUGUUCGGAGUUGUGGAGGUGUUCGAUGACUUCGACCUUGCUUCAUACGCCCACCGCAAUGCCCACAAGCGACACCAUACCCACAACCACCCAAGCAAAAACGGAGAAAAUCUCCAAACUCCAAUCUUCGCAGGGCGGCGCUGUCGAGGAAGGGGAGAACGGCACUACAGCCCAACCAUAUCUUGAAUAUGUCAAUCCUGCAAAGUCGAGCAAGAGGUUCGGAUUACGAGGAUCUGCUCCUUACCGGAUUCCUAAAGGCAAUGAUCCUUUCAACUACGAGGAAAAGUAUCCUGAAGAUGCGUAUUGUGAAGAAAUGGGACCCAACGCCAGGGUAUUUCGGACGUACCUUGAUGAGCGUGCGAUCUAUGACGCGGAUAUGGUGGAAGAGGCGAGAGACGGUGUUGAUGUUCUUCUCGUUUUCGCGGGUCUUUUCUCGGCUGUGGUUACAACUUUCGUAGUCCAAACUUCCCAAAGUCUACAAGUGGACUAUGCAGAGAUGUCGGCCAAUCUACUUUUCGAAAUGAUCAAUAUUCAGCGUGCUAUUGCCAGCGGCGCUUCCUUGGACACCGUUGCUGCUUCCCCUCUGAACCCCAACGUCACGUUCAUUGCUUCAACCACGAGUGUCUGGGUGAACGGCCUAUGGUUCACCAGUCUUGCGCUUAGCCUCACGACAGCACUUGUCUCGGUGCUGGUCAAGCAAUGGCUCCAUCAUUACAUGGCCUUACCCUCUGGAACACCCCGGGAGCAUAGCCUUCUGCGGCAGUUCCGAUUUGCAGGACUGCAGAAAUGGCGUGUUCUCGUUAUAAUUGGGCUACUCCCUGUUCUGAUGCACACUGCCCUUGCAAUAUUCUUUGUUGGCCUCGUGAUCUUCCUUGGCCCAUUACGAGAUUCGCUUGCAUGGGUUAUUGGUGCGAUUACAGCCAUUGCAUAUAUAGCCUAUUUGAUGGCACAUAUUCUCCCCCUCAUCUUCCCACAAUGCCCCUACCGUACCUCACUGUGUGACCUACUCCAUGUCUUGCACACUCAUGUGGUGCAGAACACCGUCCUCACUUUCUGGCAUGGUCUCCAUCGAACCGUGAUGAAUACGCCUGACACAGUGGCUAGCCAGUCUGCCCCCAAUGUUGCAAAAUGGAAGGACUUGAAAGAGUUGGAGUCGGAUGAGGUACAUUCAGUGUCGGGUGAAUUAUCGGUUGAUGCCCUGCAUUGGCUUUUUUCCAUGUCGUCGAACCCCACUGUGCAGAAUAUCAUCUUUCAAGCUAUUGGUGAUCUGCAUCCAGCACUUCAGUCGAAAGCUAAAAGGCUCUUCGAUGUUGAUGAUAUUCGCUUGAGGCUACGGCUACUGUCUCAUGGGUGUCUUUCAACUGAUUGGACACCACUGCCUGGACUAGAGACCAAGUUUGAGCGGUUACUACGCUCCAAGCUAGUUUCUCUCUGAUGAAUCUGAUAUGUUCAUUGACCUUCCACAGACACCAGGUGUUGA